AUGACCCACCCAGAAGACAAACAGUGCCAAGCACAAGCGCAACCACAAUCCUACAUCUCCCCCUCCGACACCAUCAUGUCGCCGACCACCAAGAAACUCUCCGAGAUGAAGGGCAAGAGAUUCGCCUCGGGAAAACCGCAAUCCCUCUUCGCCAAGACGGUGGGCAGGCAGAUCCAGACGAACGGUCAAGCUCAAGCUCAAGCUCAAGCUCAAGGCCAAGCUGAAGCUGAGACUCGAGCGCAGGCGCAGGGACAAGGACAGAUACAAAGUCAAAAGGGUCGAGAUGGAGGAGGGGGAGAGGGGGAGGAGAAUAGUAUCGCCGACUCGAAGACUGAGGCCGCUAAGGAGGAACAAUCUCGACAGGGUUUGGCCGGAGCGAAGGAGAUGCGAUAA